UACAUAUAUACAAUCCCUUUUUCUUGUAGGUCUCUCCCAUUUCCAGCCUCCAAUGCACCCCACAAGUCUUGGACCAUGUCUUCCUCCUAAUUUCAUUAGCAUCUUCUCCUAGUCCUCCAGCUCCUUUUGGGGCUGUUCUUCUAAAAUGACCCACUGAGUCCAAUACGUGUUGCCUCCACAUGCUUGAAUACAGAUGAAUCCAUUGGGUCACGGACAACUUCCCAAGGUCACUGAUCCCAGAGAGAACUGACUCUAGAUCACAUCAGCCACAAAUUAGCAAUAACCCCACAGCUAGGGGUGGGGCCUUGGGAGUCCCGCCUGCAAAGGAUCUAUUGUCUAAUCUGUUUUCUAUGCCAUUUUCAUUGCACACUACUUUGAAAGUCAAUGUCCUUGUAGAUAGAUCUUCAAAGAACUUUGGUUAAUACCAUAGAUGAUGUUUGAAAAAACAAAUUUUAAAGAAGAUAAUCUGAGAGGACAAGGGGAAAACUAUAAUCAAUGAAUAAAAAAAUAAAUAUAUAACAUUUACACACUUUAAAUUAGAUACCUAUAUGACUUCUUUGUAAGCAUAAAUAAACACAAAUGAUACAGCUUUAAGUAAAAUAAUAUGCAUAUAUUAAUUAUUUAUAUAUAAUAUAUGCAUAUAUUAUAUAUUAAUAUAUAUAUAUAUAGUCUCUUGCCUGAUUGAUGAGUGUUAAGCCACUGAGCCCAGGUUCAGUUAAACACACUCAAAGGCUAACAGAGAUCCCAUGCUGAGGAAAAUAGAGAGGAUUAGGGUUAUUUGCUCCCCCAAAAGAUAGCAAAGAGCAAACUAAUAAGAGAUUCCUGAACUCAAGAGCUCUACUUAUGCACAUGUUCUCAGAAUAUACCAAGUUCUAAAGAGACACUUGUGCCCUCCCUUCCACUCUCGAUGACUGUUUCUUACAGACUGUGUCAUAGUCACCAUCAUUGCAUUCUUCACCCUCAGCUCUGCAUAAUGAGGGUCACAGGAGCCUGGUCUCUAUCUAAGCAGAACCCCAAAGAAAAGAUACAAAGGCUUCUUUUGACCUCUGCCACCAAAGGCCCAAUAGUUCUUCUAGGCACAGAAGUGUAUUCACACUCAAUCACACCAUAGAAGACCCAGAAAGGUUUCUUUAAAAAACAAAACAAAACAAAAUACCCCAAACCAAGCCAGAACAAAACAAAAAUACAUUUCUGGUCAGAAAUGAAGGAAGAUAAACACUCUUUAGAAGCUAGAAAAGAUAAAAAAAAAAAAAAAAAAGAAGCCUGGCAGAUGUCUCAGAGGGGAGAUGUAUAUGUCUGACAGCCUGAGCGUAAUACCAAGAACUCAGAGAAAUUGUCUGAAGAAAAUAAAAAAUAAAAUAAAGGGCAGAAGGUUUAAGAACAGUCAUGUGACGUCAACACUGGACCUUCACAUCAACAACCAUGUUAACAUGCACCCUAAUGAAGGCAGAGGGGCAACAUGUGGGUAAGAAAAAGGACCAGCAAGAUAGGAAGAGGAGGGGUUGAGGAAAGAGGAGGGAUUGAGAAAGGUAAUACAGAGAAAAUAUAAGUAAGGUGCAUUGAUAUAUUAGUGUGUGUGUGUGUGUGUGUGUGUGUGUGUGUGUGUGUAAAAUGCCAUCAAUACAGCCAUUAUUUUUAUGAUAACUAAAAUGUUAAACUGAAGACGUGAAGUACGGUUUGGCUCUCCAUCUCUGAUAUUCUAAUCAAGAUACAGUGACAAUCUUCAACACAGGUGUGGGGGAUGUUGUUGUUGUUGUUAUUGUUUUCAGCUGAUGUCAGCUUAUACUUUUAGAUAUCCUUGUCAGUUCCCCCAAAACUAAAGACUAUGGUGAUGUUAUAAGGAAAUCUGGGACCAAAUUUUUAGUCUCAAGUACUGUCUCAGUUAUGUUGUACGUGAACAAGCCUCAGUCUCUGGGGAACUGAGCUAAUUUUACUGAGCAUUUUUUGAUAGCAAGAACUUGCCUACCUCAAUACCCACAUUUGUGAGUUUCAAAUGUACCUUUGAAUAUCAUAGAUUUUUUUCCUUAUUAAUAUGCUCUAAUUAUAUUAAAUCAAUAUGUGCUAAUCAUAUUAAGUAAGAAGAUUCAUUAUGAUAUUUCUAUAUAUGCAUAUAAAUUACUUUUGAAAUAGUAUAGAAAGACAAGGGAAGUCAAGAGAUCAGAAACACAAAAGGAAUGCUUCACCCUAGGGGUCUGAUUCACAUUUUCUUCUCAGAGAGAAUCAAAACUAUUGACUCAACAGAUACAAUUAAGACUGUAGCUGGUUGUGGUGUAACACACCUAUAAUCCCAGCACUUGGGAGUUAAAGUUAAUAAGAUCAGUAGUUUAAGGCCAGCCUUAGCUAUAUAGUGAGCCCAGGACCAGCCUGGGCUACAUAAUACCGUCUUUGAAAAUAAAUAAAUAAAUAAAUAAAUAAAUAAAUAAAUUUUUAAAAAGAAGAGGAAAAAAGAAAAAAGAUUGUUUAUAGAGGGUUUGGGAUGCUAUUCUAUGAUAGGGAGACAGGGACAUAGAGAUUGCCUACAGAGAUGACUUUCUUUCUUUCUUUCUUUCUUUCUUUCUUUCUUUCUUUCUUUCUUUCUUUCUUUCUUUCUUUCUUUCUUUUCUUCCUUCCGUCCUUCCUUCCUUCCUUCCUUUGCAUGUAAGUGCAAAGAGUAUUUCAUUCUGCAGAAGUCCAGCCUGCUGAAGUCUCUCCAUUCCCAACAUUCUCUUUUCUAAGAGAUAUUUCAAACAAAGUUACUUGAAAACAUGUCAAAAGAAACAAACAACAAAGAAACAAAACAAAGCUAUGUUUGCAUGGGGCCACACUGUUCUGAUCUUUGAGUUUUAUAUUCUCAAUGCUGCUGUUCUGUCACUAAACCUAAGCAGUACACCUCAUGAAACUAUCCUAUAACUUCAUUUAAAGAAACAGAAUUCUUAGCCUGGCAGUGGUGGCACAUGCUUUUAAGCCUUCAAUGCAGCACUUGGGAGGCAGAGGCAGGCAGAUCUCUAUAAAUUAGAGGCCAGCCUGGUCUACAGAAUGAAUUCCAGGAGAGCCAGGGCUACACAGAGAAACUCUGUCCCCCCCCAAAAAAAAUUCUUAAAAAAUAGACUUCCUACAUUUAUUUUAUUGUGUAUCUCUUUGUGCUAUAUUUUAAGAUAGGAGAAAUACAUAAUAUAUACUAAGACACUGAUAGAGCUUUCUUAAGAAGCUCAGCCUCCACUCUGUCUCCCUGCCAGUCUCCUCUUCUUCCUCUCUGUGGAUAAGCUUAACCCCGAAGCAUCUACUAUCUCUUAAUAAAUUGAAUACUUUACAAAUUGACUAGCUGCCUCACUCUGACUUGUCCUGAAAUUCUUUUUGGUGAAUAUCCUCAAGGGCUAGCUUUACCUUCCUGGCUGUCCCUAGACAGGGUAAGUCCUUGGGCUGCAGGAGGCAGCCCUGUCUGUCUCCCAGCUGAUGUUACUGACAGGGUGGAUCCCAUUCAUCCCCAUUGCUCUUUAUCAUCGUCCCACCCCCCUUCCCAUCCCCCAUCCACAGUCCCUAAUGUUUCUUCUACUACUUUUGUGACCUUAUAAUAGAGCUCUGUCAACUCUGACCUGCCUCUCAAAGGCCACCUAUUCUCCCACAUUCAAAGGACUUGGGGAAAAAAAAAUCCGUUUUCUUUCUGCCUUUCUUUUAGCUCUCUGUCCUCCCCUCCCCCUUUGUCUCCUGAACUUCUUGGGUAUAUCACAGAAGAGAAUAGCAAAGAAACAAACAGGUCUGAAUCAAAGUUGCUCUGCUAGAGAAAGAGCAAGAACCAAGAAUCAAGUAUCUCAGUAUGCAGCAUUCAAGGAGGCCGAGAAUUCUAGUGGCCUACAGGCAAAGUGUGCCCUGGGGCAGCCUGCAUUCUAGAAGAGAGGAGCCAGUAGUCUUGUGAAAGAGGUGAAAUAAAGGCUUUUCAGGCUCUCGGGAUCCCUUGGAGACUGAGAUAUUACGCUGGCACAGUUAUUAAAGCUGAGUUCUUCAAACUGUUUACUCAAAAAGGCCACCUAAGGACAUCAGUCCACCUGCUCCAGUGAACACUUGUUUUAAAGAUCAUAGUUUGAGAAAGGAUGGUAAUUGCUGUCUGGAUUUCCAACAAAGAGUAACAUUGUUUUACAAAUGCUACUUUUAUGAUUUUUUUUUGCUUUUAUUGUUUGCAGCCUUUUAAAAUACUAAUGAAGCUUUAAGACAUUUAACAAAAACUAUAGUUUAAUGUCAUUAAAAUAAAGAGGACAAUUCACAGUAAGAAAAAGUGAUUGUUAUCUAGGUCUAAAACUUAGGAAGCCCUGGCCCUGGACAAAGUGUGCUUGGAUGGGUUUGCUUGAGAAACUGGUCAUCCUUUAUAGCACAAUGUCUAAUUUCCUGUGUUUGUACCAAGGGCAUUUUUUUUUCUUUUUCCUUUUAUACAGCAUCACAUUGUGACAUGUUUAAUAUUGAUGAGUUUGACCUCCUGGGAGUUAUAAUUCAUGCACCCCUUUUAAAUACAAAUGUUGUCUAAUUUAUAUGGUAAACACAUAGAAUUUUGGAGAUUAGCAUGUUAAUCAGCUUUAAUCUCAGUAUUUUCAGCAUCCCCUACCUCUCUUUUCUCUGUCCAGAAAGGUCUCACAAAACCACUUUGGAAAUGGCAGUUAACGUCCUGUUCUUGAAGAGGCUUGUGUAUCAGGCAGAGAGUCUGGGGAAGGAACCUUUCCCUAAGUAGCAUGUUCACAAACCUUAAGAGUGUGCAAAGCCAUGGUCAAGUAUUUAAGGGACAGGACAGACAGGACAGUCCACCCAUUCAACAAGUAUUUGAACUGGAGCCAUACAGAAGUUCUCUCUCUCUCUCUCUCUCUCUCUCUCUCUCUCUCUCUCUCUCUCUCUCUCUCUCUCUCUCUCUCUCUCUCUGUGUGUGUGUGUGUGUGUGUUCCUGAUGUUAUGGUACUUCUGACCUGGAAUUAGGCUUCGAUUUUUCUCCUGUGUUUUUCUCUUUGCAGGUCUGCGAGCUUUGAAGUUUCAUCAAACUGUUCCAACAUUCCAGUUCUUGAAAAGAGGGCAACAUGUUUUAUUUUCAAGGUGGAGAUGAAGGUCCCAGAGAUAACCUGUCAGAAAGAUUCUAAAUUCGAUCUAGUCUGGGAUACAUAAAGACAGCUCCUGCUGUCCCCACCCCCAAUUAUGAAGUACUAGAGAUAGACGGGUUUUCCUACUUGGUUGCAGGAGGAGCCAAAGGGGGCACUGAAGGGGCGGCGGCGGUGGGCGGGGAGCCAGGCCAAGGCUGAGUCCUGUGCAGCCAUUGGUGGGGAGUGCGCGCUGAACUGAGCAUGUUCGCGCCCGCCAGCCAGGGCCGCAGCCACAGCCGCAGGGACGGCAGCCGGGAGAGCCACCGCGCAUUAUGCAAAGCGGCAGCAGAUGUGAGCGGGGCCAGCUGGGCGCUCCUCGGCCUCCGCUCCCAACGGCCGGCCCAGCUGCCUGAAUUGUCCCGGACACUCCCCUGGCCCUCUCCAGGGCCGAGAUGGCCUGAGGACCCCAAGGCGCGGCGGCGCAGCAGUGGGGUUGAAACAUGGGGAACCAGGAUGGGAAGCUGAAGAGAAGCGCAGGUGAUGCCUCCCACGAAGGCGGCGGAGCCGAGGAUGCCGCGGGGCCCAGGGAUGCGGAAAUCACAAAGAAGGCGAGCGGGAGCAAAAAGGCGCUUGGCAAGCACGGCAAGGGGGGAGGGGGCAGCGGGGAGACCAGCAAGAAGAAGAGCAAGUCCGAUUCUAGAGCCUCGGUGUUUUCCAACCUGCGGAUCAGAAAGAACCUGACCAAGGGGAAAGGUGCCUGCGACUCGCGAGAGGAUGUGCUGGACUCACAGGCCCUGCCGAUUGGGGAGCUGGACAGCGCUCACUCUAUAGUCACCAAGACCCCGGACCUCAGCCUCUCCGCUGAGGAGACAGGCCUAUCGGAUACCGAGUGUGCUGACCCUUUCGAGGUGAUCCAUCCCGGUGCUUCUAGGCCUGCUGAGGCUGGGGUAGGGAUCCAGGCGACCGCGGAGGAUUUGGAAACUGCGGCUGGAGCGCAAGAUGGACAAAGGACCAGUUCUGGUUCAGACACGGACAUCUACAGCUUCCACUCCGCUACGGAGCAGGAGGAUUUGCUCUCAGACAUCCAGCAGGCAAUUCGUCUGCAACAGCAGCAGCAGCAGAAGCUGCUGCUCCAGGACUCCGAGGAGCCUGCAGCGCCCCCCACUGCCAUCUCCCCUCAGCCUGGGGCCUUUCUGGGCCUGGACCAGUUCUUGCUGGGACCUAGAAGCGAGGCUGAAAAGGACACAGUACAGGCACUACCGGUGAGACCUGACUUGCCUGAGACCACCAAGUCUCUGGUGCCUGAGCAUCCUCCGUCCUCCGGAAGCCACUUGACCUCCGAGACACCAGGUUAUGCGACCGCCCCCUCCGCAGUCACAGACUCUCUCUCAUCACCAGCCUUCACCUUUCCGGAGGCUGGGCCAGGGGAGGGAGCCGCCGGAGUUCCCGUGGCUGGAACUGGGGACACAGAUGAGGAGUGCGAGGAGGAUGCUUUUGAGGAUGCCCCCCGCGGCUCUCCAGGGGAGGAAUGGGUCCCAGAGGUGGAAGAAGCCUCACAGAGGCUGGAGAAAGAGCCGGAGGAGGGCAUGCGAGAAUCCAUUACCUCCGCAGUCGUUUCUUUGCCUGGAAGCCCUGCGCCCAGCCCACGCUGCUUCAAACCUUACCCACUCAUCACCCCCUGCUACAUCAAGACCACCACUCGGCAGCUCAGCUCUCCUAAUCACUCCCCGUCCCAGUCCCCCAACCAGAGUCCUAGGAUCAAAAAGCGGCCGGACCCUUCCGUGAGCCGGAGCUCCAGAACCGCCUUGGCCUCUGCUGCAGCCCCGGCAAAAAAGCACCGGUUGGAGGGUGGCCUCACGGGCGGCCUCAGCCGCUCAGCCGACUGGACCGAGGAGCUGGGCGUCCGUACGCCAGGGGCAGGAGGCUCCGUGCACCUGCUGGGGCGCGGGGCUACUGCGGAUGACAGUGGUGGCGGGUCCCCUGUACUGGCCGCCAAGGCACCUGGGGCUCCAGCGACAGCUGAUGGCUUUCAGAACGUGUUCACAGGGAGAACACUGCUGGAGAAGCUGUUUAGCCAGCAGGAGAACGGGCCUCCAGAGGAAGCAGAAAAAUUUUGCUCCCGGAUCAUCGCCAUGGGUCUUCUACUUCCUUUCAGUGACUGCUUCAGGGAACCGUGUAAUCAGAACGCUGGGUCCAGUUCAGCUCCAUUUGAUCAAGAUCAGCUUUACACCUGGGCUGCGGUUAGUCAACCCACACAUUCGAUGGAUUACAGCGAAGGGCAGUUUCCCAGGAGAGAACCAUCUAUGUGGCCAUCAUCCAAGCUUCCUGAGGAAGAGCCCAGUCCCAAGGACGUUGAUACAGAACCUAAAUCCUCUAUUUUGGAAAGCCCGAAAAAAUGCUCAAAUGGUGUCCAGCAGGAAGUUUUCGAUGUGAAGUCUGAAGGACAGGCAACUGUAAUUCAGCAACUGGAACAGACCAUCGAGGAUCUACGCACAAAAAUAGCUGAGCUAGAGAAGCAAUAUCCAGCCCUGGACUUGGAGGGACCCAGAGGCCUCUCAGGACUUGAGAAUGGAUUGACAGCCUCUGCAGACGUCAGUCUAGAUGCUCUUGUAUUGCAUGGGAAGGUUGCACAGCCUCCAAGGACUCUUGAGGCAAAAUCAAUACAGACUUCCCCAACAGAAGAAGGUAGAAUCCUGACAUUGCCACCUCCAAAGGCACCACCAGAGGGUCUUCUGGGGUCCCCUGCAGCUGCAAGUGGAGAGUCAGCCCUUCUAACCUCACCCUCUGGACCUCAGACAAAAUUCUGUUCAGAGAUUUCUCUGAUUGUGUCUCCAAGGAGAAUAUCAGUACAGCUGGAUGCCCAACAGAUACAGAGUGCAUCACAACUACCACCACCUCCUCCUCUCCUUGGGUCUGAUAGUCAGGGACAGCCCUCCCAACCUUCUCUGCAUACUGAGUCAGAAACCAGCCAUGAACAUUCUGUUUCCUCCUCCUUUGGAAACAACUGUAAUGUCCCACCCGCACCACCUCUGCCUUGUACAGAGUCCUCCAGUUUCAUGCCUGGCCUGGGCAUGGCAAUUCCCCCACCUCCCUGUCUCUCUGACAUAACAGUGCCUGCUCUGCCCAGUCCUACAGCCCCAGCCCUACAAUUUAGCAAUCUACAGGGACCAGAAAUGCUGCCAGCCCCUCCCCAACCUCCUCCUCUUCCUGGGCUAGGAGUACCCCCUCCUCCCCCUGCCCCUCCUCUCCCUGGAAUGGGAAUACCUCCCCCACCUCCUCUCCCUGGAAUGGGAAUACCUCCCCCACCUCCUCUCCCUGGAAUGGGAAUAUCUCCCCUACCUCCUCUCCCUGGAAUGGGAAUACCUCCUCCCCCUCCUCUACCUGGAGUGGGCAUACCCCCUCCUCCUCCUCUUCCUGGAGUGGGCAUACCCCCUCCUCCUCCUCUUCCUGGAGUGGGAAUACCCCCUCCUCCUCCUCUUCCUGGAGUGGGAAUACCUCCUCCCCCUCCUUUACCUGGAGUGGGAAUACCCCCUCCUCCUCCUCUUCCUGGAGUGGGCAUACCCCCUCCUCCUCCUCUUCCUGGAGUGGGAAUACCCCCACCCCCUCCACUUCCAGGAGUGGGAAUACCCCCUCCCCCUCCUUUACCUGGAUCAGGCAUACCCCCUCCUCCUGCUCUACCUGGAGUUGCUAUUCCUCCACCACCUCCUCUACCAGGUAUGGGGGUUCCACCUCCCGCCCCACCUCCCCCUGGGGCAGGCAUCCCCCCACCCCCACUGUUGCCUGGCUCAGGUCCUCCACACUCCUCACAAGUUGGGAGUAGCACUUUACCAGCAGCACCUCAAGGGUGUGGAUUUCUUUUUCCUCCAUUGCCCACUGGCUUGUUUGGAUUAGGGAUGAAUCAGGACAGAGUGGCUAGGAAGCAGCUGAUCGAGCCUUGCCGGCCAAUGAAGCCUCUCUAUUGGACAAGAAUUCAACUCCAUAGUAAAAGAGACUCCAGCCCUUCGCUUAUUUGGGAAAAGAUUGAAGAGCCAUCCAUAGACUGUCAUGAAUUUGAAGAAUUAUUUUCUAAAACUGCAGUAAAGGAGAGAAAGAAACCUAUUUCUGACACAAUUUCAAAGACAAAGGCCAAACAAGUGACUCUGAUCCCCCUACCCUCGCCAUGAUUCUUCCCUUCUUCCCGAUGACCCCUGAAAAGAGGAGAAAAGGGUGAGAAGGGCCAAGGAAAUGGUCCACACUGGGCAGAACUUCAGUUGGAGAAGAUGUGAAGGGUGUAGAGAUCUUCCAGGAAAGGGGAAAUCCAUUGUAGAAGAAAGGGAAGCGGGCUCUGGAAGGGUGAGUGCCCCCAGCCUGUGUGUGCAGGUGCUGGUCUGCAUCUCUUUAAGCCCAAGUCCAGUUCGAGUUGCAUGUCUGUCUUUUGUUUGCUUUUUUUUUUUUUCUCUGCCACAAAGAGGCAUAGUCCUGCUUACCAUAACUCCUCUGUCAAACAAUGGUCAUGCUUUAAAAGAUGGGCAAGACGGUUUCUGUCGUCACUAGAAUGUCAACUAUAUCCGAGUCAGCAUCUUCACAGAUAAGUUAUAGUCAGAAGGGCACAUCCAGUGUGAUGAAGACAGUCUCCUCUGCCCUCUGCUAUGGCUCUGAAGAGACAAAGGGUUAUACAUCCCUUAAGCUUGAAUGGCCUUCAUUUCUGGAGUCAUGGUGCUAGCAAUCUAGAGAGACAGACUUAAGUUAUUUUCAUUCCUACAUCUGCUUUAGACUAGAUUUUUUUAUUGCGAUAAUAGAAAUGGAAGAAGGUGUAGGGGAUGAUUCAUUAACUAAAGCAUUUGCCUGGGAGGCACAUGGACCUGCACUUGGUUCCCAGCACCGAUUACAAAGCUGAGUAUGGUAAUAAGGAUCUGUGUCCCGGAGCUGGGAGCAUAAAGACAGGCAGAUCCCUAGGGCUGGAUGCAUGGGCAGCCUCACACACUUGGUAAGAUGAAGGCAAACGAGAGAGAGACUGUUUAAAAAUGAAAUGGGGACAUCUCCCUAGGACCUGUACUUAAGGCUUCCUCUGGUGUCCACACACAGGUCCACAUGUGGAUGCAUAUAUUACACACACACACACACACACACACACACACACACACACACACACACACACACAGAGAGAGAGAAAAGAAAAAGUAGGAAACCUGGUAUAUUGCAAUCAAUCAAUAAAUCAUAAAUAAAAUCAUAACUAAAAUCAUAAAUAAAUAUUGUACCCAGGCUAUCCUCACAUAUAAGCUCUGGAUUGAUCACAGUUUUAUGCCUAGGAAAAAAUGUCAACCAAGGAUUAAAUUGAAGUAGCCGCAAUAGUCGUGGUUUCUUCUUUCACAAGACCCCAUCCAUGUAUGCCAGCUUUUGCCACUUGUGUAUCGAUGAGGGACAUAAACCUUAGUAUGACCUUGAUUCAGUGGUGUUGUCUUCCCUUGCUGGCUCCUCUGUGCUUGUAUUCAUGAGAAUGUGUAUCGUGUCUCCAGCUUUGAUGGGUCCAGUAUUGGGUUUACUAGCGGCAGUACUUGAGAAAAGGAAUGUGGCUUUGUUUUAUGCACUAAGAAAAUUACGUAGGGAUUUUUGUCCUGGGUCCUUAGGCAAAUGUUCUAUCUCUUAUCUCUCAAACCAAAGGGCAUGAACAAUGGCAAUAAAUGAAUCUUCAUAACAAUUAGGCUCCUGACUGACUUUGUUGAAUACUCAUAAGCAUAUAUCUAACAAAUAUAGUCAUUACAAUUGUCACCGAUUAAAAAUAAUGGUUAGGAAUAAAAAAAUGGCAAAUAAUAAAUUAUACAAGAGCAUAUAUUUUCAUGUUUAUAAAAUAGAAAGGAGCAAAAAACUUAUUAAAGGGAGACAUAAAGGGUAAAUGAUGCAACAGCUCAGCUAAUAACAUUAAGAAAAAAAAAAAAGAAAGCUUUAAAAGAUGAGGACGAGAAAGCCAUGUAACAUGGGGCUGAUUAAUUCAAAAAAGCAGAGACACAGGAGAAAGGAAUAGGAAGUGAGGAUUAAAACUUGCAUAUUAAAAGUAGGGUGUGGUGCUCAUACAAUCAUAGCUCUUGGAAAGCUGACAUAGAACUUGGAGCCAGAGCCCUGCCUGGGCCUCUUUGUGAGUCUAGAACACAACAAGAGAAGACAGAGAAAUUAGAUGUGAAAACGAGAAGACAGAACAGGAAGCUCUGAAGGAAAGACAGGCCUGUGUGUGCAGACUGGUGCGGUGCUUGCUGAGCGUGUACAAGGCCUUGAUUUUAACCCUCAGAACCACAGCAAAAAACAGAUCAGGGUGGAUCUGAAAUAACAUAAAAACAAAUGUAUGAAAAGAUUUACUUCAGCGGGGGAAAAAAGUUCCCAUGAAAUAGACAUACAGUACAAAAAGGUAACAGGGAAAUAAUGAGAUCACAGUCCAACCCUCUGCAAGGUAAUCCUUACAGCAGCGGUGAUGUAAGCCUCAACCUACUAACUUUUCUUUCAGGCUUCUCUUCAGCUCAGACUCUGGUGGGAACCUAGUCUGUGCUCCUUGGCUCCUUUGACUUUCAUUUGAGGUGGUUGCCUAGCAGCCAGAGGGUGUGGUUUACUGGCUGAGCCAGCUCUGAUUGCUGCUUUUCUGGUCAGGGCCCCUUGGGGUGGGCUUCAAGCUCUCUACCAGUUGACCCAAAUCUCCACUACCUUAGAAGGUCUAGUUAUGGAGGAAGAAGUGAUCAUGUAGAUGCUCCAGUUCAAACCUAGGGGUGGUGGAGACUGAGGGUGGGUGGUCUUUAUCUUGCCAGUGUCCAGCUUUCCACUAUUUAGCUCUUAUGCAUAAUCACUUGCAAUCAACUGCUUGAUCACUAAACCUGGAGCUCAGAGUUUUCCUUGGUAGCCUCCAAAUGGAGGUCCCUUUGGGGUGUCAGAUCCUGGAACAAACAGCUCUAGUGGCUGUUUUAUAUUCCAAAGCAGAUCUGUCCUCCAGGUCCUCCCAGCAUCUCUUAGUCCCUACCUGGCAUGCUCCAACCCCAACCCUGAACUUUCUAGCCCAGGGACUUGGCUGCCCUUCCCUCCAGAGGUUCUUUGCUAUAUAAUUCAGAUAUUUUGGUUUCUUUCUCCUCCCCACCGCUCACCCAUUGCCCCUGUUCCUUUGCCUUCUCUCUGCGCAUGUGGGCUUUCUCUCUUUCUCUUUCCCCUCUCCUCUGUCUCUCUUCGGAUGGAGAUUUCCCUGGCCUCCUCCUUUGGGGCCUAUGAACCCACCCAACCAAGAGCAACUUCUCAAUAAACCUGCAUUUAUAUAUUUUAAUCUGGUUUCAAUUGGUUCAUUUUGCCAGCAGAGAAGCAACUUAGCUAAGAAGCUAAGGAUGACCUUGAACUUCUGAUCUUAUUUCUACUUUUUAAGUGCUGAGAUUACAGGUUUAUACCAGACACGCUCUGUCCAUGUGGUGCUAAGAGUUGAAUCCAGAACCUCAAAUAUACCAAACAAGCACAACAGUAGUUGAGCUACAUCCUGAGCCCCUGAAAUCCCGAUUCCCUGUUUCCCCCCUAUAGCUAGACCAGAGCUCCAAGCUGGCCCUCUCUGCUUCAAUGUGCUAGCACUCAGUACUUGCUGUAUGUUCCUGGAGUCAGGACAAUGCAAGGACUCUUGAUUCCCAGUGCCUCCGCCUAAAAGAGCUUUGCAGAAUGCACUGGGUCCUGCACACCGACUGAGUUGCUGGAAGAGGAGAAAACCGUCUCAGCAGCAUUGUGCUGUGUACAAACCAGGGCCCACUUUGCCUUGGUACUUCUGCUCAGUGCUGUGGACUAUGCUUCCCAGGUCUCUUCUCUUGCUUUGGAUCCUGCCCUUGGUCUGCUGUAGUGUUUAGGUAGCCUUCAUCCCAGAGCUUCAUCCCCCUACUCUUAUAUUCUGCUUUCUAAACACUUUGGAGGAAUGUGUGUGUGUGUUUUCUCUCUCUCUCUCUCUCUCUCUCUCUCUCUCUCUCUCUCUCUCUCUCUCUCUCUCUCUCUCUCUCUCUCUCUCUCCCUCCCCCUCCCCCUCUCCCUCCCCCUCUCCCUCUUUCCCCCCCUCUCUCCCUUGUCUUCACAAGUGGAACUAUAGUAAGAGUUUUCAACUCUUCUUUCCCUUGCCCCUGUCUCUACAGUGAUCCUGCAUGCCUGUGUGUUUUCUUCCUGUAUUUCCUUCUUCCAAAUUCUGCUGUUUUUAUUUUUAUUUUUUUCAGUGAGUAAAUACAUUUCCUUAUUUCUUUGAGACAGGAACUCACUAUGUAGCUCUGGCUGACCUGGCCUCGGAGUCACAGAGGUCCACUUUGCCAGGCUCUCAACUGUUUUUAUUUUGUUCUGUUUCUCAAAAAGCCAGUCUGUCUCCUGCUGAAAGGUCAGUCUCUCCCUUCUGUUGCCUGUCAUGCCUUGUGCUCUCCAGCUGCUCCAGACCCAUCCUCCGGAGAUGAUAGUGAUGGUGAGGAGUCAUGAGUCAGCUAUCUUCUUCUUUGUGGAGAGUUUUACUAAAGGUACUUGCUAUGGCUCAGGUGACUGUGGGCACAGCAGUACACCGAGCUCUCCCCUUUGCACAUAACAAGAAAUAUUGCACAAUUGGGUCUUGACCAUUUGCAAGAUCCUGCUCUGAAAAACUGCCAAGACGCAUCUGUUUCUUACUCUUCAUUCUCAGCACCUUUCCCUUUUGAGCAUUUUAGAAAUGGACUAUGUAAGCACUCCAGCUAGACUUUUGUCCUGGGAUGGAAUCACUUAGAGAAGGAGACACAUGUCUUCCACUGAGAUUUAGUCACGGUGUAGUGACAUAAGGGAAUUUCAUAGGAACAGGAAGAUAACCAAAGAUCCCAUGUGGCAUUAAUCUUCUCCAUGCCUGUUGAGUGAGUACUAACCUUGUGCCAAGCAUUGAGUUGCAUGCUUCAGUUUUGCAGGGCAAAGUAGAGAAACUGAAGACUAAGCCUAGAGUUUGAGAAGUUAGAGUUCAUCACACCUAUGGCAUCCCAGGGUUGACUUGAGUUUCACUGUUGCCCUCAACUGAACUAGGAAACCCUGAACUAGGAGAGAGAAAUGUACAUAAUUCCACGCUAGUUUUUGGUUCUCAAACUGGUUGGUUGUCUAAGACUUCUGAAAGAAUCUUGCAGAGGAUGUUGAUGGGGCUUCAUUUGUCUUCUACACAUUUCCCUGAGUCUAGGGGGGGGGGUAAGGCAGGAUGAGCUGGCUGAGCAAUUGUAACUGAAUAACACUACCAAUAGAGCUUUCCAAGGAUGCAUGUAUACUCAGAGACAAGUCAAAGUCAAUAUUCAACAAACACUUUAGUGCAACUAAGUAUAGAGAGUAUUCUGGGACUGAGAAUAGGUGUUGCUCAGAUGAAAAUGACUGAGAAGGAA